UAUGGGCUGCGUUUCUUUGUGGAUCAUUCUGCUGUCACUUUCACUCUCUCAACAAAGUGUUGCAGCGCGACCUGAAGUUUGCAGGACGGUGGGCCGGGCGGACCUGGUGUUUCUGGUGGACGAGUCCAGGAGUGUGGGUCAGGCCAGCUUUUCCAGAGUCAAAGAUUUCAUCUCAGCAGUGAUUUCCUCCUUUCAGGACAGCGUGAUGGGAGCUGAGGGGGUUCGCUUCGGAGUCACCGCCUUUGGGGACGUUCCCAGGAUGCCGGUAGCUUUGACAGACCACGGCACCCUGGAGGACGUGCUCGCAGCCGUCAGAGAGCUCACCUACGAGGGCGGUGCCAGGAGGACUGGCACUGCCUUGCAAUUUCUUGUUGACUCUGUCUUCAGCCCCGCCAUCAGUCGAGACUUCACUCCAAAGGUUGCUGUUUUGAUCACAAACGGACGUUCGGACGACCAGGUUGAACCUGCGGCCAGAGCCGUAGCAGACGAAGGAAUUACGCUCUUUGCAGUCGGUGUCCGGGGAGUGGAUGAGUCGGAGCUGAGAGGGAUUGUGUCUGAGCCCUACGAGGAGCAUCUGUUACAGAGCCCUGACUUCUCCCUGCUGGAGACGAUCCUCCCCAAGCUGUCCCGCAGGGUCUGCUUCACGGCCUCGGAGCCGCCACGGCCAAAAAAAACCAAGCAAACAACUGAGGAGCGUGUCGUGGGUCCCAGGGACCUGCAGGUGAGCGAGUUGGCCCACGCCUCCCUCAGACUGACGUGGAGCCAGGCCACAGGUGACGUGACCGGGUACCGGCUCCUGGUCACCCCGGUCAGCUCCCAGGGACAGCUCCUCCCCGCCCAGCAGAGAGUGAUGGAUCUGAAGGCAGAUGUGAGCACCGUCAUCGUGACGGAGUUGAGUCCGAAGGCGGAUUAUUCCCUCACUCUGUACGCCGUGUACCCGAGCCUUAUAGGGGACUCUGCAACCAUCACAGUGAAGACAACCCCUUUGCCCAAAGUGUCAAACUUCCGCGUUAUUGAGGAGGGUUUGUUCUCUCUGCGCCUCGGCUGGACUCCUCCCCUGGGGAAGCUCAGUGGAUUCAAGAUCUUUAUCCCAAGAUCCCAGCGACCAGGAUUAACGUACGAGCAGCUGCUUCCUGGAGACGCCUCCUCUCAUGUGAUCGACAGCCUGGAGGGGGAUAAGAAGUACACCAUCAGUAUUUAUGCCAUUUACCCCCAAGGACCGAGUGAACCUGUUUCAUUAGUGGGAAAGACACUGAAGCUGGUACCGGUGCAGCAGUUUCUGGUGCAGAACGCCACCACCGACACCGUCCAAGCAAGGUGGGCGUCAGUCAAAGGAGCCUCGGGAUACCGUCUCACCUGGGCCACUCCAGACGGCGACAUUGAAAACAUAAACCUUGGGGACAACUUUAACUUCUACAUGAUCCAGGGCCUCCGUCCAGGUUCUGACUACACCAUCACCAUCAACCCCAUCUUUGGAGACAUUGAGGGGCCUGUCACCUCCACCAACGUCAACACACUGGACAGUAGUGCGGUUCAGACUCUGACGGUGUCUGCAGUGAGCACCAGUACGGCCGUCAUCUCCUGGAACAGCGUCCCGGGGGCCACGGGGUACAGGCUGGCCUGGGGGCCCACCCCAGAGUUUGUGGGCCGGGAUCGUCCCAGGCAGUUGGCUCUGAACGGCAGCAUCACCGAGUACCAGCUGAAGAACGUGGCCCAUGAUACGGAGUACGUCCUGACUCUGUACGUGCUGUUUGGAUCGUUGGUUGGACCUGGAAUCUCUGGAACCUUCAAAACCUCUCCUUUGGGUUAUGUGUCCAACUUCAAGGUGACGUCCUACACCAGUUCCUCCAUAGAUGUUGAGUGGAGUCCCAUUGUUGGAGCUACGGAGUACAAACUGUCCUGGGACACGGAUGAUAAGCCGGCCCAGUCCCAGUAUCUGGACCGCAGCGUCCUCUCCCACCGAAUCCUAGACCUGAACCCGCGGUCCACGUACACCGUCACCAUCCGUGCCGUUUACGGCAACUCGGAGGGGCCAGAAAUCUCCCUGUCUCAGCUCACAGCUGCGGUCUCGGACUCUGGGCCGAUCCAGGCCGUGAGUGGGGUGAAAGUCGUGGACGUCGGGGUAAACUCCUUCACCCUGUCCUGGAAGAAAACACCAGGGGUUUCUGGGUACAAAAUCUCCUGGGUGCCCUUCCUUGGAGGUAACGAGAAGUCCCAGGUGGUGUCUGCGUCUUCCACCUCCUUCACCAUCCUCCAGCUGCAGCAGAGCUCGGCUUAUAAAAUCCAGGUUUCCCCCAUCGUGGGCAGCAGAGAGGGCGGCCCGGUCCUGGUCACCGCUCGCACCCUGGAUCUGCCAAAAGUGGAGGGAUUUAUUGCUCUGAACACGACCGACAGCAGCACCGUCCUGAACUGGACACGCGUGGCCGGCGUCUCUGGAUACUUCCUCUCCUGGAGACACAUCUCAGUGCUGGAUACAAAGACGGAGACCCUGAGUCCUUCCUUCUCCUCCUUUAAGAUCGGAGACCUCCUGUACGGCAGGACGUACAUCUUCACCAUCCGACCUCUGUACGGAGAGGUGGAGGGGCCUAUAAGCACCAUCUAUGAGAAAAUAUUGCAGGGAGAUGAUCCUGUUAAAGCGGGCCAGCCUGUGCAAACCACCGCGGCUCCAAACUCCAUCCGUAUCACGACCGGCUCCCAGUCUGCCUCCGACGGCGAUGCUGUCGUCACUCGAUCCGCCACAGAGGCCACCGGGCAUCCAACCGCUCCGUCAACCGCUAAACCCUUCACCGCUAAGACUCCGAGAGUCACUGAAGCCAAAGCAGCUGCAGACGCGUCCCUAAAGUUCACCCCGGUGAGGAGCACAAAGACAACCGCUCCACAGCCAGUGUGUGGGAAGCUGAAAGCCGACGUGGUGUUCCUGGUGGACGAGUCCUCGAGCAUCGGCGUCAACAACUUCAUCAAGAUAAAAGACUUCAUCUUCCGCGUGACCACGUACUUCCCCGUCAUCGGUCCACGAGGCACACAGGUGGCCGUGGUUCAUUACAGCGACGAGCCUCGCAUUGAGUUCCGUCUAAGUGACUACAAGGACAGAAACUCGGUGCUCAGGGCCGUCCGGGGGCUGCGUUACGGAGGAGGCAACACCAGGACAGGAAAAGGCAUCAGCUACGUUCUGCAAGAGCUGUUCCAGGAGUCUUUGGGGAUGAGGCAGGACGUGGCCCACGUCCUGGUUCUGAUCACAGACGGCCGGGCCCAGGAUGACGUGACGCCGCCGUCCAGAGUCGCACACGCUUUGGGGGUCAGCAUCCUGGCUGUCGGGGUUUCUAACGCAGACAUCGAGGAGCUGAAUAAAAUUGCAUCUCCCACCAGCUACAAAAACAUCUUCUACUCCCCGACCUUCGACGGCUUCCCCUCCGUAGAGAGAGAAUUUAUCAACAGCCUCUGCGGUGAGGAACUUCUCUCCGAGUUCACUCUGCAGGACGAGAGUGCUCAGUUAGACACUCCAACUGAAGACCCGGAGGAGCAGGAAAAGCCUCAGGGUCCCUGCUCCUCCCAGUGUGUAAAGGGACAGAAAGGAGAAAGGGGGGAUGAUUCAGGUCUUGGAGGGCUGAGAUUCAGGCAAAGCCCCGGACGUUAUGAUCCUUUCACGUCCUCCAAAGGAGAGAAAGGAGAGAAGGGACCGACUGGAACAGAUGGUAUCCCUGGGUUGCCAGGGCGACCGGGAAGAACUGGACCCCCGGGUUCAGCCGGACAACGGGGCCCUGCAGGCGUCCCGGGUGACAUGGGUCAACCUGGACAGACUGGCUCUAAGGGGCAGAGGGGGGAACGGGGGGAUCCUGGAUAUGUUAUAGCCGGCACCGAUUCAAACUUUCUACCCGGGCGAAAAGGAGAGCCCGGAUCUUCUGGCCCCCAGGGACCACCUGGAGUGCCGGGUAUCAACGGAGCUCCGGGUCUGCCGGGCCCGUCAGGACCGCCGGGCACACCGGGACUAUCUGUCAAGGGAGAUCAAGGAGAGCCAGGAGCAAAAGGCGUACGGGGGAAGCAGGGCAUGAAAGGAGACAGAGGAGAGGCGGGAAAAGACGGCAUUGCGGGUUUGCCUGGACCUAUCGGCAUCGAUGGGGUACCAGGGCUACCAGGUCUGAGAGGAGAUAAGGGUGAAGAAGGAAUUGGUAUACAAGGCAAUCAAGGUCCUCGUGGAGAGCCGGGACAGAAGGGGAAUAUUGGUUUAAUAGGACCGGUGGGCUUUAAGGGCGAGCGUGGAGAGCAAGGCAUCCAGGGAAUCGUCGGCCCUCGGGGGAAGAAGGGAUUCAAAGGGGAGAAAGGUGAUAAGGGAGACCGUGGAGAAAUUGGACCUAUUGGACCAAAAGGACUCCAAGGACUGACGGGGCCGAUAGGGCUGAAGGGAGACGAAGGUCCACGAGGAACCCCUGGAGAUCCGGCCAAGGGUAUAAUCGGUCCAACUGGAAAAAAAGGAACCAGGGGAGACGUUGGUCCAGUUGGUUCCACGGGUCCCCAGGGCAUCAAAGGAGAACAAGGGAACAAAGGAGAAAAGGGAAGUCCUGGUUUUGGAAUUCCUGGACAGCAGGGACCCAAGGGGCUGAACGGUGAACGGGGAAAUGUUGGUUUGUCUGGAAGACCAGGACCAAAGGGAAAAGAUGGAUUUAAAGGCGACAAAGGGACUGUUGGUUUGCCUGGCAAUCCUGGAGAACCUGGAUUAAGAGGUAAAGAUGGAUCUGGAGCUGACGGGGAAAAAGGAGUGAAGGGCGACCAAGGACCAGCCGGAGAAUCGGGUGAAAGAGGAAUAAGGGGUCCACUAGGGUUACCAGGGCGACCGGGCGACGCCGGUGAAAAAGGCGACGCUGGGAAUCUGGGUCAACCUGGAACUGAUGGAGGUAAAGGAGAUAAAGGAGAGCCGGGGAAACCUGGGCCUCCAGGAACACAAGUUAAUGGAGAAAACAACAUCCUGGCCAGAGUGAUUAAGGGGGAUCAAGGAGAGCCGGGUCAGCCUGGCAUUAGAGGAGAAACGGGUCUACCAGGACCCAGAGGUCCAGAGGGGAAACCUGGACGGCCAGGGACGUCUCUGGGUGGUGGAGGAAGCAACGGUGUUGAUGGGGAACCAGGAAAACCAGGAAUGAAGGGUGACAAGGGACAACAAGGGGAACCUGGUUUGAGUGGAGACAAAGGCGGGCUUGGAAUAGCAGGGAUUCCUGGUUUGCCAGGAAUUGCAGGAAAAGCCGGCUCUGAUGGGAAGAGAGGUCCGACAGGAAAAGAAGGAGAAAAGGGACUGAAAGGAGAUGAUGGAACAAAGGGUGACAAAGGAGAUUCAGGUGCAAACGGCAAAGACGGGAGCAAAGGGGAACCAGGAGCUCCGGGGAAGCAAGUACUCGUCACUACUGAGGGCUCCACAAUUGAUGAAAUCCGUCAAGCAUUUCCACUUCCAAUGGGUCCUCCAGGCGCAACCGGUUCACCGGGACUUAAGGGAGAGAGAGGAGACGGAGGCCCUAAAGGGGAGAAGGGUGACGCUGGCGCUCCUGGAAAGUAUCUUGAAAUGAAGGACGUUGAGGAGAUGUUUGAAUCCUACGGUAUCAGGCUGCCUGUGCUGAAGGCUUUGAUUGACAGGUUGCUGCAGGACGGAGUGGACGAGCUGCUUCACGUUCUCAACACCUCCAAGAAAACAAAAGACAACACGGGGACUCAAACCAACGUCAUCGCCGAGUACACGAAUUCUCUCAAAUUUGAGAAGCAGCCGCUGUUGGAUCUGAAAACCGAGGAACCUGACACACUCGACCAGACUCCUGAAACCCUGUUGAAUGAAACCUUAAAUGAGACUUUGGAGACUCUGUGGACUCUCACGGCGGCGCAGGGAGAGCAGAAUCUGAACGGGAGUGAAACCGGGUUAAAGGGAUCAGGAGAGAAGGAGACUGUAAACUGGGACGUGAAUAACGCAACCUCAAACCUGAGUGUUGACAACUCUACUUUCAGUUAUAUCACAGUUAAGGAGUCGGUUUCAGAGUUACCUGAAACUGUAAAGGAGACUGUUGUCCUCACUCAGGAGGACCAGCUGAAGAAGAAUCCGUCAACGAAGAAGAAGAACAGGGAACGUGGGAAAGUAAAGCUGCCAACAACAACAGUUAUCAAUACCCAUCAAACUGAUGUUAUCCUGCUUGAUCAAGAGAAUGAGGGGGAGAAGGAGAAGGAGUCCAGUCUGGAAGUGAAGAGACCUGUGCGUAAAGAUAUAGAGUCGUACGGAGGUGGUGGAGAGAGAGAAAGCAGUGACCAUCAGAUUGUGCAGCUGUAUCUGAAGUCCAAGGAGACGGGCCUGGCGUUUGCAAACACCAGUUUUGUUUUCUACAACUGUAGCGUGCACAAAUCGUGUCUGUCCUGUGUGAGCAGUCCCUACCAGUGCCACUGGUGUAAAUACAGACACGACUGCACCCACGAUCCUCGCACGUGCUCCUUCCAGGAGGGCCGGGUCAAGAAGCCCGAGGGCUGUCCCCAGCUGCUGCCUGCAGAACGGAUCCUGGUACCGGUGAACGUGGUGAAGCCCAUCACCCUGCGGGCCAAGAACCUUCCCCAGCCCCAGUCCGGACAGCGAGGCUACGAGUGUCUGCUCACCAUCCAGGGAAACGAGCACCGAGUCCCCGCCCUGCGCUUCAACAGCUCCUCCGUGCAGUGUCAGAACACAUCGUAUUUCUACGAUGGGAUGGAGAUGAGCAGUCUUCCCGUGGAGCUGACCGUCAUCUGGAAUGGAGAUUUCAGCAUCGACAACCCCGCCCACAACAAAGCACGUACCGUUAACCUGCGCUAG